CUUCCCAAGCCAGUCUGCACACCACCGACCAGCAGUACAGAGGCACAGAGGCAGCAGCAUGAAGCUCGAGAGCGUCGUCCCCAACUUCAAGGCGCCCUCCACGCAGGGGCCGCUGGACUUCUACAAGUGGAAAGGCAACUCAUGGUGUGUUCUGUUCUCACACCCGGCAGACUUCACGCCGGUGUGUACCACAGAGCUGGGACGCAUCGCCGUCCACAACCCGGAGUUCCAGAAGCGAGGAGUCAAGCUGCUGGCGCUCUCCUGCGACAAACUCAAGGACCACGUCGACUGGGUCAACGACAUCAAGUCGUACUGCAAGGACAUUCCCGGCGACUUCCCGUACCCCAUCGUGUCCGACGAGACGCGCGAGCUGGCCGUCAAGCUGGACAUGAUCGACGAGCGCGACAAGGACAACGUGGAGAAGGCGAUGACGGUGAGGGCCAUGUACGUCAUCGGGCCGGACAACCGGCUGCGCCUCUCCAUGGUGUACCCCGCGUCCUGCGGCCGCAACGUCGAUGAGCUGCUGCGCGUGAUCGACUCCCUGCAGCUGACGGAUCGGCUGAAGGUGGUGGCCACCCCCGCCAACUGGACGCCCGGCACCAAGGUGAUGAUCCUGCCCCACGUGCCCGACCAAGACCUGCCCAAGCUCUUCCCCGGCGGCGUCGAGCGCGUCUCCAUGCCCUCCGGAAACAACUACGUGCGCACCACCACCGACUACUGAGAUACUACAACUACCUUUCAACUCAUUUGUACAUAGCUUCAUAUCAGUUUUGUCAAUCAUUUGUACUUUUUAAAGAAAAUAAACUGUAUUGUACCAUGACCUUAA